UGUUUUCAUCAUCCAACUCCACCAUUUUUUGGUUCACCAGACAAGUUCCUCCUACAAACACCUUCACGACACAGCAUCCACCCGCAAAUACUCACACCAUCCUACACUAUAAAUCCGCUUUCUGACUCGCCGCCAUGAGUCACCACAGUACUCCUCAUUUGUACACCAAGCGAACUCCAGGAUCGUUGGAAAACCCUGGUUCCAACCCCUUGGCACAGGCUCUUGCCACUAAUUCCUCCUCAAAACAGCAACAGCAACAGCAACAACAGCCGUCACAACAGAAUAUCUCUUCAUCUGUUUCUGCUGCCAAUGCUGCCAAUGCCGUUGCUUCUGGUAAACCUACCAUGGAUUCUUCUCGUUCAGUGUCAGACUCUACGGCUACCAACGCCAAACAACUCUUAAACGCUUAUGUUUACGAUUUCCUCGUCAAGUCACGUUUGCCGAACACGGCAAGGAUAUUUGUCAAUGAGGCAGAAGUUCCCUCCGUCCAAAGCAGUGCUAUUGUUGCUGGCUCCAAGCUAGGCUCCCACCAGCUGUCACAAAAGAACCUGCCCCAGAUUAACCUGGGCGCCAACACCAACACAAACACCAACACAAACACACCACAGACGCCAAACCUGUCGUACCAGCAAUUCCAGAAGGAAAACAACUUGCCCAACUUGCUGGUCGCUGUCGAUGCACCCCAGGGAUUUCUCUUUGAGUGGUGGCAGUACUACCAGCUCCAGCUCAUGAAACAAAGACAACAACAAGAAAUAGGUCUUUCUACCAAUGGACAACCGAUGAUGUUUGCACCUAAUGGUGGCAAUGCUAGAUCACAAGGAGUACCACAGACAAUUGAACAGCAACAGCAACAGCGACUUGUAAUGCAAAUGAUGAUGAAACAGCAGCAACAGGCUCAGCAAGCUCAACAACAGCAGCAUCCUUUACAGCUUCCUAUGGGUGUUAACCCCAUGGAUCCUCUGCAACAGCAACAACAGUUAUUGGCAGGUAUGGGACCCAACAACAAUAACAACAGCACCAAUAACAAUAACAACAAUAAUAAUAUGAACUUACAACAGCAAUUAUUCUUAUCACAGCAACAACAACAGAAUCAGAGUAGAAUUCAGCAACAUGCUCAGAAUCAGAUGAAUAGUUUCAGACAACAGGCAGCAGCAGCUCAACAGGCACAACAACAACAUGAUGGUUCUAACAAUAACUCUCCAGCUAAUGGACAUAGAUUGAGCCAGAUGACACCGCAAUCGGAUCCUGCCCAGGCUCCACCAAUGAAUGGAAUGAAUUUUUCACAACAGCCAAACAUGAUAAACGGGCAAGUACCACCUCCCUUUGUCCAGCAGCAACAACAGCAACAGCAGCAGAUGCGUAUGAAUAGUGUUAGCAACGGCAAGAGUGUAGGCACCAAGCAGGGAACUGUGGGACCACAACUGGGCAACAGGAAUGGAAAUGUUAGUGUUCCAGGUAAUGUAAACAACAGCAAUCCCAAUCGUAACAUGAAUGCUUUACAAGACUAUCAGAUGCAGUUGAUGUUGUUGGAAAAGCAGAACAAGAAACGUCUUGAUAUUGCCAGAAACAGCGGCGACGUCAACUUGCUUAGUUCCGGACUUAUAGGACAAGCACAAGCACAACAACAAGCUGGACCUGGACCACAGCAACAAGGUCAACAAGCCCAGCAGCAGCAGCAGCAGCAGCAGCAGCAGCAGCAGCAGCAGCCGCAGAAUGCUCAAACUAAUCCAACUGCUAGCAGUUCACCUGUGCUACACAAUAAACCUUCUCCACAGUCUACAACUGCAAAAAGAAAGAAGGAAACUACUGGUAAGCGAGGUAGAAAGGCAAGUGCAGCGGGACUCAGUGGAAGCACUCCAGCGAUGAACCCAGCUAACACGCCUAGUUUACUCAAGAAAGAGUACACCACACCUCUUACGCCAGCUUCAGAACCAGCUAGUGACCCCAAGAGAAAACGAAAGAGCACAACUGGCAACACUGAUUCGCCCAAGAAGCAAGCAACUGCCAAAACCACGGCAACAGCAGCUUCUACGACCUCAGCGGAAGAAGAAGCCCCUGUUCCGGAGACCAAGAAGAAAGAAGAGUCGGAAAUGCCUCCUCCUACAUCUUUUUCGGAUCCUCUUGGACAGUCCGACCAAAUAUUCUCUGUAGAGUUGCUUGGAAACGGUAGCACCGAUUCACAAAAUUUCUUUGGCGCAAACGCCCAGGGCAACCAGGGUGGUAUUGACGACAUUGACUUUGAUUUCGGUCAGUUCUUGGAGAGCAACGGCGAUGGCAUUAAUGAUGGCAUCGGUGGCUUCAACUGGGGCAACGUGGAUGCAAUUGAAAACGGCGAGUAGCACUGAAACACACCACUUCUGAAGCUUUUCUUGCAACAUGAAUAUCAGGAACAUUUUCAGAAAAAGAAAUCAUGAAUAUCAUGGAUUCUUCAUCUAAGAAAAUUAUAUUAUAGUUGAAAGCUUAAGAAUUUACAUUAAAGCUGGAGUUUAAGAAGCCACAAAUAUCCUGGAAACACUUCUUUAGAGAUUGAAACAUUUCUCAGAUUAUCAACAUGACAUUCUUCACUAUUAGGGCUCAUCCAGACUGUGUCAAAUGCCUCUAAUAUUUUAUUCUCAUUGGUUUGUUUUAUUUAUUCCUUUAUUCUUAUUUCUCGACAUAUACCUCUUGAGAGUGACGUUUUCAGGUUCUUUAUUUGUAUUGUACUAUUAUUCGUUGUUAUUGUCGGCUCAUUAGUCUAUAUAUACUAUGCGAUCUUCAUAUUAAUAACAUUCCUCGGACUUCGUUAA